AGAGAUAUUGAGAGUGGAGGUUUUCAAAGUGCAUUGAACUCAGAAAAGCUCAGCCACCGCACUACCACCGCUGAGGUAUUCUCCUUUGUUAUUAUUACCUGCAAGCAGUCACCCGAAUCAUGGAAACCAACAACAGUGCAUGCACCACAAGUGCCAGAACUUAGAUGGCCAUGCCACCAUUUCCAUCACCAUUUGCAUAGCAUCACGAGUGCAGGAACAGAAGCUCAGUAAACAAUAAGCAUCAUCAGAAGCCUAGCUUUGAUUCUACCAUUUGGUAGUAGUGAGAGCAGAGCCACUUUCUGGGGUAAGAGGGAAAUAGAUUGCAUUCUUCACUGUAUAUCUCAGAUAUACAUGUAGUCUUUCACAUGCUAGUAUUGAAAACGCUAGUGUGAAACUCAAGCAACAGAGACCCUCUUGCACAUGCACUUGGUCUCCUAGAGUGGACUUUUUUCAGCUUCAGCUUCACCAAUCACUAUCAUUCACUAUAACCAACACUCCAUUAGACCAAGUUCUUAAUCUCCAAAACCAAGCCAUUUUCGUAGUCCAAAUGGAAAGCAUUGUUCCCCGGAGUGUUACCACUUUGUUAUUUUCCAUGAUAUUUUUCUGCCUCACCCUGACAAAGAUAGGAGUCACUUGUCUCUCACCCGAUGGACAAUCCCUUCUUUCUCUUCUGCCUGCAGCAGGCUCUGCUGCAAAAUCAUCACCUGUUCUCUCCUCAUGGAACCCAUCAAGCUCAACACCAUGUUCAUGGAAAGGUAUCACUUGCUCCCCACAAGGUAGAGUUAUCUCCCUCUCUAUUCCAGAUACUUUUCUCAACCUCUCCUAUUUACCUCCUCAGCUAUCCUCUUUAUCAAUGCUUCAACUUCUCAAUCUCUCUUCCACCAAUGUCUCUGGCACCAUUCCACCCUCUUUUGGUCAACUUUCCCAUCUUCAGCUGCUUGACCUCUCCUCAAACUCUCUCACUGGUUCCAUACCUGCUGAACUUGGAAGCCUCUCUUUACUUCAAUUCCUUUUCUUGAACUCCAACAGAUUGACAGGAAGCAUUCCUCAACAUCUUUCUAAUCUCACUUCACUUGAAGUUCUCUGCCUCCAAGACAAUCUUCUCAACGGCUCAAUCCCAUCACAGCUAGGCUCUUUGACAUCUCUGCAGCAGUUUCGGAUAGGGGGCAAUCCAUAUCUCACUGGACAAAUCCCUUCACAGUUAGGCCUGCUCACCAACCUCACCACUUUUGGUGCGGCUGCCACGGGACUUUCUGGUGCCAUUCCUUCUACAUUUGGUAACUUGAUCAAUCUACAGACUCUAGCACUUUAUGAUACUGAAAUUUCUGGUUCAAUGCCUCCAGAGCUUGGGUUGUGUUCUGAGCUGAGAAAUCUGUAUCUGCACAUGAAUAAGCUCACUGGUUCUAUCCCUCCGCAAUUGAGCAAGUUGCAAAAACUUACUAGCUUGCUACUUUGGGGCAAUGCCUUAACUGGUCCAAUCCCAGCAGAGCUCUCAAACUGUUCAUCACUUGUUAUAUUUGAUGUCUCUUCUAAUGACCUCUCUGGUGAAAUACCGGGGGACUUUGGGAAGCUGGUGGUUCUAGAACAGCUUCAUCUAUCAGAUAAUUCACUCACAGGUAAAAUACCAUGGCAGUUGAGCAACUGUGCCAGCCUUUCCACUGUUCAGCUCGACAAGAAUCAGUUAUCAGGUACUAUUCCCUGGGAGUUAGGUAAAUUAAAGGUUCUGCAGAGCUUUUUCUUAUGGGGUAAUCUAGUGUCUGGAACCAUACCAUCAUCUUUUGGAAACUGCACAGAACUCUAUGCACUUGAUCUUUCAAGGAAUAAGCUAACAGGUUCUAUACCAGAAGAGAUUUUCGGCUUGAAGAAGCUGAGUAAGCUUCUGCUUCUGGGCAAUUCAUUAACAGGAGGAUUGCCACCAAGUGUUGCAAAUUGCCAGUCUUUGGUGAGGUUGAGGGUUGGAGAGAACCAGCUUUCAGGCCAGAUUCCUAAAGAGAUAGGUCAAUUGCAAAAUCUGGUGUUUCUCGACCUGUACAUGAAUAAUUUCUCUGGAAGCAUACCAGUGGAGAUUGCUAAUAUCACAGUUCUUGAGCUGUUAGAUGUGCACAACAACUACCUCACCGGGGAAAUUCCAUCUGUGAUUGGGGAGCUUGAAAAUUUGGAGCAGCUUGAUCUCAGUAGAAACAGUUUGACAGGAGAAAUUCCUUGGAGCUUCGGAAACUUCAGCUAUUUAAACAAGCUCAUCCUCAACAAUAACGUACUGACAGGAUCAAUCCCAAAAUCCAUUAGAAAUUUGCAGAAGUUAACUCUUCUGGAUUUGAGUUACAACAGCCUCUCUGGUGGCAUACCCCCUGAGAUUGGUCAUGUUACAAGCUUAACCAUCAGUUUGGACUUGAGCUACAAUUCAUUUACAGGAGAGAUCCCAGAAUCAGUGUCUGCUUUGACACAGUUACAAUCGCUUGAUCUUUCUCACAACAUGCUUUAUGGAGAAAUCAAGGUUCUGGGGUCUCUCACUAGCCUCACCUCUCUCAAUAUCUCCUACAACAACUUCUCAGGUCCUAUCCCAGUUACUCCAUUCUUCAGAACACUAUCCUCCAGUUCAUAUAUUCAGAACCCUGAGCUUUGUCAGUCCAUUGAUGGGGCUACCUGUUCUUCUAGUCUGAUUCGAAAAAAUGGUUUGAAAUCUGCAAAAACCAUUGCUUUGGUCACAGUCAUUCUAGCCUCGGUUACUAUAAUUCUCAUUGCUUCCUGGAUUCUAGUAACUCGUAAUCAUGGAUACAAGGUUGAAAAAACAUUGGGGGCAUCAACUUCCACAUUAGGAACUGAGGAUUUCUCUUAUCCUUGGACUUUCAUCCCAUUUCAGAAAGUAAACUUCAGCAUCGAUAAUAUCUUGGAUUGCUUGAAAGAUGAAAAUGUGAUUGGAAAGGGCUGCUCAGGUGUUGUGUAUAAGGCUGAGAUGCCAAAUGGGGAGUUGAUUGCAGUAAAGAAGCUUUGGAAAGCAAGCAAAGCAGAUGAAAUAGUGGAUUCUUUUGCUGCAGAGAUACAGAUUCUUGGAUACAUUCGGCAUAGGAACAUAGUGAGGCUCAUAGGCUAUUGCUCUAACAGGAGCGUUAAUCUUCUUCUCUAUAACUACAUCCCAAAUGGUAAUCUGCGACAGCUAUUACAAGCGAACAGGAACUUAGACUGGGAAACAAGAUACAAGAUUGCUGUCGGAUCAGCUCAAGGUCUAGCUUACCUUCAUCAUGAUUGCGUACCUGCAAUUCUCCAUAGAGAUGUCAAGUGCAAUAACAUACUUCUAGACUCCAAAUUUGAGGCAUAUCUGGCAGAUUUUGGUCUUGCAAAGCUAAUGCAUUCGCCAAAUUAUCAUCAUGCAAUGUCCAGAGUUGCUGGUUCCUAUGGUUAUAUUGCUCCAGAAUAUGGCUACUCCAUGAACAUAACAGAGAAGAGUGAUGUCUAUAGUUAUGGGGUGGUUUUGCUAGAGAUUCUAAGUGGUCGCAGUGCUGUUGAAUCCCAUGUUGGAGAUGGCCAACACAUAGUGGAAUGGGUGAAGAGGAAGAUGGGAAGCUUUGAACCAGCCGUUUCAAUACUAGACACAAAGCUGCAAGGUCUACCAGAUCAAAUGGUGCAAGAGAUGCUUCAAACACUUGGAAUUGCUAUGUUUUGUGUGAACUCUUCCCCAUCAGAGCGCCCCACAAUGAAGGAAGUGGUUGCACUACUAAUGGAGGUGAAGAGCCAACCUGAGGAGAUGGGAAAGACCUCUCAACCUCUAAUAAAACAGUCCUUAAAUCAAAGCUGAUUCCACCCCUUUAUUUUUUUUCUUUGUUUCUUUUGCUUCUAAACUCCAAUGGUUAGUGAUUGAUUUUCAUCUCUUCCAUGAUGGAAAUGAGGGUGCUGCUAACGUGGAAAUUCGAGAGUAGGGAGCUAGAGAGGAACUAAUGUUUCGCUGAAACGGCCAUUGUUGUACAGUUUUAGAAAUACAGAUGUCAGUAAUCCACAUCACGUCAUCGUGAAGCAGUACUAUUUGUGUUUCGACACCAUUUACGUGCUUGUUGAAUGCUACCACUUUAUCUGCUUGAAAUUCUUCUGAUAA